AUGCUACCUUCUUCUAAAGGAAAAAGAAAAGCCAGAAAUCAGAAUAGAAAUAGUGAAGGUCAAUAUUGUAAUUUCAAAAAAGUUCUUUACAUUUUAGUAAUUUUAACUGAUCAAGAAAAUCUGGAAGAUAAAUUUGGUGAACUAUAUAAUAGUGAUGAAGAAGAUAUAUACUAUGAUGAUUAUGAAAGAAAAGAUGUUUUAGAAUAUAGAAAAACUUUUUUAGAAAAAAUAUUUGAAUAUGAAAAGUAUAUGUCAAAAUAUGAAGUUAAUGGAUGUUUAUGCUUACAACAAUUUGAUAUAGAAAAAUAUUCUAAUAUACCUAAAAAAACAAGAUGUUACUUAAUACCUGAUGCAAAUCAAGAAGCUGUAUUUGCUUUCAACAAUAGUUCUAAUUAUGAUAUAUUUAGUAAAGAUGCUUUAAUUGCAAGUAGAAUGAAUCUAGACCCAGAUAAAAAGCAACUAAUUAUACAUGAUACUUAUUUUGGAGAAAAUAAUCAAUUACAAUUGAUAAUAUUUCAGAAACAGAUUUAG